UGAACUUGCAUUUUGAUUACAACGUACAUUCGCUUAAAUUCCUUUCAAAAUGUCUACGUCUGGUAUGGUAAAUCCGAAACUUUGGUCAAUAAGCAGCAAUUUUUCAUUGGUAACGGCGCUGGCUCACCUGGAGAAAUACAAACAUUUCAUAAAAUGGAAACCGAACGCGUCUAUUUUGGAGAUUGGUUUCGCUAAUGGUUUUAAUUCCUCCCGAAGUUUGGUUCCUAUGCUACCCCACGAUUAUAAGGAAUUCAUUGCUACAGACAUUUCCCAGGACAUGCUGGAGGACGCUAGAGAAUCCUGCGUUAUCCCGAGAUCGAGCAUAAUGCAGAUGGACGUAACGGAAAAUAUUCCAAACGAAUUUCGGGAGAGGUUCGAUCAUAUCUUUUCGUUUUUCACUUUACACCGCGUGAAGAAUCCAAGGAAAGCAUUCGAAAAUGUGCAUAAAAUGUUAAAACCGAACGGGAUGAUGUUUCUUUCGUUUUUCGAAAGAUCGCCAGUCGAUGAUAUUUUUGUACGAUUAGCCGAGCAUCCCAAAUGGUGCAAAUACAAACAGGACAAUAUGGUGUCAACCUAUUUUCACAGCGAAUCGCCACGCGACGAGUACAUUAGAGAUUUAGAAGCAGCUAGUUUUAAAAAUUAUUUAUUUAACGUCGAGACGGAAUCGUAUUCUUACUCGUCUGAAAAGGAGUUUGAUGAUUCCCUGAUAGCUGUGAACGGUAUAUUGCCCCAUGUAGAGGACAAGGAUUAUAAUGAAUACAUACAAGACUAUUUGGACGAAAAAUACCGAAGCCAAGUGUUUAGAAUGACAAAUAAAAAUGGUACCACAAAUGUCUCCUUUAGCUCCAAUUUGUUCGUUGUAAUUGCGUCAAAAAGCUGAAUUAUAUUACGCAAGAAACAUUCAUUUUUAUCUAUGUGCGGUAUACGUAAUUCUGUAAAAAUAAUACACUACUUAAUUACAUGUAAAAAAUUUAAUAUAAGUCAAUAAACACUACAUUAUCA